UUUGAGAUUACAUACUUGGGCUGGCAGCAUCUGGAUCAUUCAAUGCUGUGUGUUGCCCUUGUGGUUACAUUUUGAUUCAAUGUUUCCUGGCCUGCAGUACACUCUCCUGUGUAUACAUUUGUCUUGUGAUUUUAUAAUCUGCUGCAGGGCAUUUCUUCCAUAUUACCGCUGUUUUUCCCAUUAUUUCCCGGUAUUGAUGUGUCCUGUUUCCCCAGUACUGAUAUUAAUCUGGAUCAUUCAAUGCUGUGUGUUGCCCUUGUGAUUAC